AUGGUGCAGGCCGCCCCCCACGCCGAGGACGAGGAGUCGCAAAAGCCCACGAUCGUGCGCAUCCCGCGGAAGAAGCGCUACAGCAAGUACCGCGCCCUGCCGCCGUCGCCGGCCUUCAGCGCGCCGACGGACUUCAAGAAGCAGCACGGCGUCACGCUGGGCCGCGCGCCGCGGCCGUGCCUGCUGCCCGGCCCUCAGCCGUACGAGUACAGCCGGAACGUGCACCAGCUGCCGGCGGAGCCCGGCCCGGGCGAGUACGACCCGCGGGCCGUGCUCGGCGACGGCGAGCACUUCAUCGUCGACAUGCCCGACGGCUACCCGAGCCAGCUGGGACGCGAGGCGCUCGAGGCGCGGCUCCGCGAGCUGCGGAACCGCGUCGACGAGCUCCACGCGGUGCGGGACCCGAGCGGCGGCGGGCGCAACCCGUCCCAGAAGACGGUGCUGCGCAUCGAGGCGGCCCACAGCAUGCGGCGCUACCAGCGCGAGCUCGCGGAGACGCGAUUGUUGCUCCGGCACCUCGCGGCGAUCGAGCGCGACGAGCGCGCGGGCACGCCCUCCCCCGACUCGGCGACCCUCAAGUCGACGGGCUCGACGCUCUUCACGACGACGUCCAUGGCCGCGUCGCGCGCCAUCUCGCGCCAGGGGUCCUUCCCGCUGACGGUGACGGCGUCCCGCUUCGACUGGAUGCCCUAG